AGUGAGGUGCUCUGGGUCCUAACCUUCAUGUUACGGUGGCACGCAGCACCUACUUAAACAUCACUGCAGACCAAGUUUACCCCUUCAUGGACAUGCAUGGUUCAAAUACAGACACUCCCAUUCACAACCACGUGGGACCGCUAGAGGAGGCGAGGAGGGUCAUGUGACCGGACUGACGUAGUGGGUGUGGGCGGGGUCGCAGUGUCGACCGAUUGGAGCGCGCGAUUUGAUUUUGAAAAUGUUUGCGUCGUUGGUGUCGCGGGCUGAAGACGUGUGUAGCUUAGCCUAGCCUAGCCUAGCCUAGCAUCCCGUCAGAAGGUCGUGUGUCAUGGAUAUUAACUUUUAUCUGCAGACCUUCGAAGCGAGUGUGAAGGACUACGCUGGGGAUGACCCCCUCGACCCGUGGGAUCAGUUUGUGCGGUUCCUGGAGUGCAGACUGCCAUCAGAAGAGAAGAGGGGUAUUUCUGUUGUGUUGGACCGCCUGGUACAGAGGUUUCUGCAGGAUAAACGCUACCACAACGACCUCAGAUACGUGAACCACUGCAUUAAAUGCGCCAGUUUCCACCCGGACGCGGCCCAUGUGUACAGCUCGGUGCAUGCGGAGGGCGUGGGCGCCCGCUGUGCUGCGCUCUACGUGUCCUGGGCUCAGCACUUGGAGCAGAAGGGGCAGUUGUCUCAGGCCCUGCAGGUGUACGAGAGGGCCGUGGAGUACCAGGCAGAGCCCCUGGACAUCGUGCAGCACCACUGCGGACUGUUCCAGAGCAGAACCGCAAAAAGUCAGACGAUGGCGUCUGACCACGUGCGGAGUCCUCUUCAGAAUUCCCUGCUGGUCAACCAGAACCCCCCGCAGAGGGACCUGGUCCUGCCUCAGUGUAAGGAGCCUGAAAACGUUCCGGCCGACGGAACCGUUCGCAUAAUCUCUCGCUCGGAGAACAACCCGAAAGCCAGCACCAGCGAGGUGGAGUGUGUGUCCAUGUACUGUGUGAAGGAGCUACAGGGUGAAGGAUUUGAACUGAGCUUUGAGGAGUUGAGAGCACGCCGCUACCACGGCCGGCGCAGACAUGAGGAGGAGCACCGACAUCAGGAGGAAUCAUUGAGGAGGUAUGAAGAGGAGAAAGAGGAGAUAAGGAGAAUGAAGAAACAGCUAGAAGAGCUUAACAACAAACUGAGUGAAUCAGACCAGCAGCUGUUUGUUUCAGUUUCAUGCAAUGUUCAGGAACCAGUGAAACCUAGAAAUACAGGGAGUCCUUCAGAAAGACCUGGGCCAUGCCCCGCCCCUGUGUCUGGCCCCGCCCCCGCGUCUGGUCCUGGCUCUGUCUCUCUCUCCCAGAGGCCUGCAUCUCCAGCCCCAGUGGGCGGCUCUGAGCAAAGUCAGGCCCCAGCAGGAGAGCGCCCCCUUCUCUCUGUGAGGAGAAGCAUGUCUAACCCGCUGAGGGAGGUGGGGUGUCUUCUGGCAGACACACGCACGGCGUUACACACACACCCCGCAGCUGCCGCGACGCCCUCCAAUUGGCGAGCGGCGUGUCUGAGUGUCAGCACACACGUGCUGCCCCAGUCUGUCCCUCUCGCCCGCGCCCCGACAGCAGCGAGUGUCCAGCAGGGGGACACACCAGCACAAGACACGUCAGCAGAGGCAGACUCAAUCACAGACAUGUCUCACGGAGCCCUGAACCACUCUCAUAUCACUCCUAACACAUCUCUGGGUCUGAUGGCAGCCACACCUUCCCGUGUGGUCCCCUCCCCCACCGUCAACACGCGUGAGGCUUUGGACGUGAUCAUGGACAUGUUCCAGGCCCCUACUCUACUCCAGGACACAUUCUUCAACACCACGAGCCAGGCACAUGACCACAGCCUUGAGAAGAGCUACAGAGCCCCUGGUUCAGCACCACCCGUCAAACCUCCUUCGUCGGCUCCUUUCAGGAUCUACCAGGAUGAUGGCGAGGAGAGCAGAGGGGCGGAGGUGGUGAAGGCCAAGGCAAUGGCAGCACGCCCUUUGAUGGAGGUCCCUAUGUCCAAGGCCCUGAGCACUGAUGUCGAGUCCCUGGGUGAGGAUAGUGCCGUGUGGGGUCCACACUAUGGCUCCAGCAUCACUCGAGACAUCACCCUAGACACACACCUGGUGUCCACUCCACUCCAGUACACCAGCCUGGAAAAUGGUCCCAGAGGGUUCAGUGGUGUGGAGGAAAACCCAUACAUGCGUCAGCCCACCAAGCUCAGCCCUAUCCUGGAGCAGAGUCCGUCUGAGGAGAAGCUGUCUGAGGGUGCUGAGAGCACUAUGAGGGGGCAGGGCACAAUCGUAGGGGAGGGGGUGUGUCUUCUACAGCAUGGCCACGCCCUCUCCCUCAGCCAACACAACCAGACCGGCUGCAACACCAGCAGACAGCCACUGGCAGCUCUGUCCUUUCCAGAGCCCAUGGUUGUGCCCGCCCCCGGUGAAGCUGACAGAGGCACCGGUGCCAAGCCCAGCUGGAGCGUCUAUCAGAGCCCAGAGAGAUCCAGCCACGCGGGCAGAGCGGGAGAGAUCAGCGCACAGGCUCCACAGCCGUCUGUCAGAGAGCUCCAGCUGGAGCUUCCCGGCUCGACGCUGUGCUUGGGCCAGGAGGACGUCGAUGUCCCUCUACCUGAGACGUCCUUCCACAGGCACAGACCACAGAAGCAGGUGUCCUGCGUGGAUGUUCCCAUGAGCCUGGACCCAGCUCCAGGGUUUGGCUGGCUUCCGGUGGAGAGUCCAGCUCGUAUGACAGAAUUGGACCUGUGUGUCCUGGGCAGGUCCACUCAGACACCCAGAGCAGCUCCUGGACCACUGCUGGUGAGCUCUAAACCCAGUGGGGCCGUGUACCAGAGCCCAGGGCGUCUGCUUAACCCCCACCACGUCCCUCUCUCCAGCUGCGACCCACUGGAGGAAUCGGAUGACCACUCACUCCCAGAUCCCAGAAACCUUCUCUCCAAGAGAUCCUUCAACAGGCAGAUGUCAGAGAAAAGAGUCUUGGAAGUUGUAGGCGGUACUCAGAAGUCUCUUUUGGCGAGUCCGAAGCCAGCAUUGACUCUUGUCCAGGAUGUUCCCAUGAGCCCAGGACCAGCCCUGGGCCUCAGCUGGCUCCACACGGACAGCCCGCCCCGCACGGAUGAACCCGACCUGGACGUGCUGAUGACGCCACGGCGCUCGCCUGUGGCGAUGGACGUUUCAACGCCUCCUGCCCCUCAGCAGCGAUGUGACGUGGACGUCCCCCUGAGUCCCACGCGGCAGUCUGCGUCCACGGCAGCUCCCACACGGCUGGUGCCUGACCCAUGGGACGAGGACCUGAUUGCGUCUCUGCUGUCUGGUCUCCUGACUCCUCUGUCGUCUUCCCCCAGCCUGAGUGUCUGCUCCCUCGAUGUCCCUACCAUCACACCGAUGAUGACUGUGAACAUGGCUGAGGAUUGUGUGCGCGUGGACUCUGUGCUGGGUCAGGGAGCCUUUGCUACCGUCUACCAGGCCACAAACCUUACAACCUGUCAGAAACUCACCCUGAAGGUGCAGAAGCCGGCCAACCCGUGGGAGUUCUACAUCAACGGGCAGCUGAACUCCCGCGUCAAGCCCCGAGCGCGGCACCUGUUCACCCAGCUCCACUGCGCACACCUGUUCACCAACGGCAGCGUGCUUGUCGGAGAGCUGCACGGCUGUGGCACACUGCUGAAUGUGGUGAACCUGUACAAGUGUCGUAGCGAGAAGGUGCUGCCCCAGCCACUGGUGCUCUACUUCACUGUGUGUAUCCUCCACAUGGUGGAGGAGCUACACCAGGCGCGCCUCAUCCACGCCGACAUCAAACCCGACAACUUCCUGCUCGGAGACAGGUUUCUGGAGAGCGAGAGCUUCGAUGCGGAGAACAUGGACCACGGUCUGGUUCUGAUCGAUUUCGGCCAAAGCAUCGACAUGAGCCUGUUCCCCGAGGGCACAGCCUUCACCGCACGCUGCAUGACAUCCGGCUUUCAGUGCACCGAGAUGCUGAGCGCACGGCCCUGGAACUACCAGACGGACUACUUUGGCAUUGCUGGCACUGUGCACUGUAUGAUGUUUGGGUCAUACAUGCAGAUGAGGGCGAGACGUGUGAAGUGGAAUCUCUGUCCUGUCUGACGACGUCUCUCCAGGCUUUGCCAUGUACCAUCUUCCUGUCGCUGCAGGAAACAGUUUAUCUAACACAUCCGAAAAUAUUCACAGUUCCCUAAAUGCUUCACAUGAUCCAGUCUAAGUCUUUUUGGCUGUUUAUGUAAUUACCAUCUAAAAAUCUUGAUUCUGUUCACAUGCUCUGGUAUACCAAAUGAAUCAUAUAUAUCAUCAUGUCAUAUAUCAUAUAUCCUUCAGACACUCACUAUUUGAUGGCACCUUUGCUGACUUUGAAAGUGAUCAAAAAUGUGAGCUGUUUCAAAGUAGCUUUAUCCAUUAAUGUUUGGGUCCUAAGUCCUAACCAUAAAUAAACCCUAACCCUAAAAUAACCCCAACCAUAAAUAACGCUAACCAUAAAAUAACCCCUAACCUUAACUUGUUAACAGUAGGCCAGGUGGGUAAUGGGAAAGUUUGGUGGGUUUGUUUCUUUUUCUGUAUUCUCUUGUUCAUUCUGUAUCACUGUUUAAAC